AUGAGAAUUCCCCCCCCCCCCGACAGCUGGAAUCAAGACUUGUGUUUCAUUUUGUUUCUGCAGAAGGAAACUCCCCUUGCGAAUGCUGCCUUCUGGGCAGCCAGGAAAGGCAACCUGACUCUCCUGAAGCUGUUGUUGAACAGCGGCCGGGUGGAUGUGGACUGCAGAGACAGUCAUGGCACCACACUCCUCAUGGUAGCUUCUUACGCUGGCCACCUGGACUGUGUGAGGGAACUGGUUCUGCAGGGAGCAGACAUCAAUCUCCAGAGAGAGUCAGGUACAACUGCCCUGUUCUUUGCAGCUCAACAAGGCCAUAAUGACAUCGUGCGAUUUCUCUUUGAAUUUGGAGCAUCCACGGAAUUUAGGACCAAAGACGGGGGCACUGCUCUGCUGGCCGCCAGUCAGUAUGGGCACAUGCAGGUGGUGGAGACGCUGCUGAAGCAUGGCGCCAACAUCCAUGACCAACUUUAUGAUGGAGCCACUGCACUUUUCCUGGCUGCCCAAGGUGGUUACUUGGAUGUCAUUCGAUUACUAUUGUCUUCAGGAGCAAAAGUUAACCAGCCAAGGCAGGAUGGGACGGCGCCACUGUGGAUCGCAUCCCAGAUGGGGCACAGCGAGGUGGUGAGGGUGAUGCUGCUGCGGGGAGCCGAGCGGGAUGCAGCCCGGAAGGACGGUACAACAGCAUUACUGAAAGCAGCCAACAAAGGGUAUAGCGAUGUUAUAGAGGAAUUGCUUAAGUUCUCACCCACCCUUGGUAUUUUGAAGAACGGGACGUCAGCCCUUCAUGCCGCAGUGCUCAGCGGUAAUGUUAAAACAGUAGCUCUGCUCCUGGAAGCAGGGGCAGACCCAGGCCUACGAAACAAGGCCAAUGAACUUCCAGCAGAACUAACCAGAAAUGAACGUAUAUUGCGUCUCCUCCAAAGUAAAGAAGCUCAUAGGAAGAGCUAA